UUUUUUCUUUCCCGUCGUUUCCCGUCGGACUUCAGGAUGCCGGAAGUGAUCAGCGUGACGGAGUUUAUAUCAGAGACCAAUGAGGAUUAUACAGCGCCCACUACCUCCAGCUUCAGCACCCGGAUGUUGCACUGCAGGAACACAGUGGCUGCGCUGGAGGAGGCUCUGGAUGUGGACCGGUCCGUCCUCAACAAGAUCAAGAAGUCGGUGAAGGCCAUCAGUUCAUCUGGUCAGGCACAUGUGGAAAACCAGGAGCAGUUCAUCCAGGCCCUGGAAAAAUUUGGAGACAACUGCGUCCGUAGAGAAGAUGCUGAGAUUAGCUCCGCCUUCCUCAGCAUCUCCUCAUUCACCAGGGAGCUGACGGCGCUCUUUAAAAACCUGCUCCAGAACAUGACCAACAUCAUCUCCUUCCCUCUGGACUCUCUGCUGAAAGGAGACCUGAAAGGAGUCAAAGGGGACCUGAAAAAACCCUUUGACAAGGCCUGGAAAGACUAUGAGACCAAACUAGUGAAGCUGGAGAAGGAGAAGCGGGACCACGCCCGGCAGCACGGAAUGAUCCGCACGGAGUUCAGUGGAGGAGAAAUCGCAGAGGAGAUGGAGAAGGAGCGGCGGCUGUUCCAGCUGCAGAUGUGUGAUUAUCUUCUUAAAGUCAACGAGAUCAAAGGGAAGAAAGGUGUGGACUUCCUGCAGAACCUCAUCAAGUUCUACCACGCUCAGUGCAAUUUUUUUCAGGAUGGACUGAAGGUGGUGGAGAACCUGAAGCCCUUUGUGGAGAAACUGGGCACUGACCUGAGCACGGUCAAACAGGGUCAAGACGCUGAGAGGAAACAGCUGCUGCAGCUGAGGGACGUCCUGAAGGCUUCACUGCAGUCAGAGCAGAAGGAGGACGCUCAGGCCAAACAGAACUCAGGAUACAGCCUACAUCAGCUGCAGGGCAACAAGGCCCACGGCACCGAGCGCUCGGGGGUUCUCUACAAGAAGAGUGAGGGGCUGAGGAAGGUGUGGCAGAAGAGGAAGUGCUCGGUGAGAAACGGUUUCCUGACCAUCAGCCACGGAACAUUUUUACACGGAGACUCAGUCGACCAAUCAAGACAAAGCAAGAAGAGGCGAAGGCGAAGAAUGAGCAUGAGGAGGAGGAGCAUACGAAAAAGGGCUAACAGACCUCCAGCCAAACUCAACCUGCUGACCUGUCAGGUGAAGACCAACCCGGAGGAGAAGAAGACCUUUGACCUGUUCUCACAUGACAGAACCUAUCACUUUCAGGCCGAGGACGAAGCCGAGUGUCAGGUGUGGAUAUCGGUUCUCCAGAACAGUAAGGAGGAGGCUCUGAACCAGGCGUUUGCAGGAGAACAAGACGAAGGAGAGAACAACAUCGUUCAGGAACUGACCAAAGCCAUCGUCACUGAGGUGAAGAGGAUGAAUGGAAACGACAGCUGCUGUGACUGUGGAGCUAAAGGUUGGCUAACUUUAGCACUGAUGCUAACAGUGCUAACAUUGUGUGCCGCGUGGUCUCCACCCCCAACAUCAGGACCCACCUGGCUGUCCACCAACCUGGGCGUUCUGAUCUGCAUCGAGUGUUCUGGGAUCCACAGGGAGCUGGGAGUCCAUUAUUCCAGGAUCCAGAGUCUGGACCUGGACGUCCUGGGAACAUCUGAGCUGCUGUUGGCAAAGAAUGUAGGAAAUGCCAGCUUCAAUGACAUCAUGGAGGAGGAGCUUAACACACAGGAAGUGACCAAACCAGAAGCUGGCAGUGACAUGCAGAUGAGGAAGGACUACAUCACUGCCAAGUACACGGAGAAACGUUUUGCCAAACGGCUGUACGGCGAUGCUGCAUCCAGACUUCAGGCCCUGUACGAGGCGGUCAGGACCAGGGACAUCAUGUCCUUGAUCCAAGUCUACGCCCAGGGUGUUGACCUGAUGGAAGCCAUGUCACAGCCGAACGAACACGAACCAGGGGAAACAGUUCUGCACCUGGCUGUACGAAUGGUGGACCGGAACUCACUCCACAUCGUGGACUUUUUAGCUCAGAACAGUGGGAACCUGGACAAACAGACGCUGAGAGGAAGCACAGCUCUUCACUACUGCUGCCUGACAGACAACAGGGAGUGUCUGAAGCUGCUGCUGCGAGGACGAGCUUCAGUCUCCACCACCAACGAUGCAGGAGAGACGGCUCUGGACAUCGCCAAACGUCUACGACACGUCCAGUGUGAAGAACUGCUGACCCAGGCACAGUCAGGGAAGUUCAACGUCCACGUCCACGUCGAGUACGAGUGGCGUCUUCAGAACCAGGACUUGGACGAGAGCGAGGACGAGAUGGAAGACAAGCCAAUACCAACACGGCGUGAGGAGCGCCCUCUCAGCUGUUUGGUGCCAGGCUCCGCCCCCCUGCAGCCAAACACAGCGGCUUUAGUCUGGGACAAACAGAGACCCCAGGUGGUCAACACCGUCAUCAACAACGAGACCUAUGGAACCAGACUGGACCUGCUGACACCUAGAGCCACGCCCCCCCUCCCACCAAGAGGACCAAUCAGAGGUCAGGGUCAUUCGAUUGUUGCCAUGGAGACAGUGGGCCGUCAGCGGUCAACCUCUGACCCUCAGGCUGCUGAGAGAAAUUCUUUAUCCAUGUAUGUGCUUCCCCCGGCCCCUCCCCCUCCUCCUGUCCCUCCAGGAAACAGGAAGUCCUCUCUGUUGGACAGUAAGGGGAUUUCAGUACGGAACAGCCCACUCCCCCCCCUCCCUCCAGGACUUUCUACACCUCCUCUCCCACCUUCCCCUCCACCUCCCCCUCCCCACCACAGCAGGAGAACUAUUUCAGGACCUCCAAAGGAGUCUCCAAAAUGUCUCACCCCAACCUCUGGAUCAGUCAAGUCUCCUCCUCAAAGGCUGCGGACCAGGACUGGACCAGAAUCCCGAGGUUCAGAAACUCAGUCGCCUCAGAGUCAGAGUCCAAGUCCAGGUCCUGGUCCUCCAACACCUAAACCCAGAACCACAUUCUCUCCUCCCCAGCGCCGUCGGGUGGUGACUCUGUACGACUGCACAGCUGAUCAUCCAGAUGAGUUGACGUUCAGAGAAGGAGAAGUGAUUGUGGUGGAGGGAGAGGAGGAUACUGAUUGGUGGAUUGGCCAUGUUGAAGGCGAGCCUGAGCGACGUGGAGUUUUUCCUGUCACCUUCGUUCACUUCAUCACAGAGUGAUGUCAUGGAAGGAGACAGCGCCACCUGUGUAUUCUUAUUUUAACUCCUGAGAAAAAGUUAAACUCUGA